AUGACUGCCUAUGUGCCUGGAUGUCACUUCGCUCGCUACCCAAGGCUUGAGACACAAGUGCUGCAAGCUCCACUCGCGCUUGGCGAGGCCGUUUGUCGGCAGUACUUGGUUCAGAACCGACAAAGCGCUUUUGUGGAGGCCGAGUUCUUGGGAGUUGCCGAACUGCCCGUGCGAGAGAAGCGGCGCUUGCGAGCAGUGGAUGGCGACUGCCUGGUCAAGGCGACUGAUGUGAUCCACCGAGACGAUUUCCAGUCGGCCCUUCAGAGAUUCCCGGAGGAGGCCAAGGUCUUCGACCGUUUCCUCCGAGAGGCUUCGCGCUUCGCGGUGCCCGGCGCGCCAUUUGCUCGGGUUCAGGAAGCUGCUGGGCGAAGGAUACUGGCCUUCCUCGAAGCCGGGCGCGAGUUUCAGCACUGCCAGAGGGACUUCCUGGCCGCGCUCUGCGCCGAAGCCGAGGGAGUCCUGCUGGCGCCUGGCGAAAUCCUCCAAGCCUCGGGCCGGCCGUGCGCCACCUGCCCGUUGUUCAUUGUCCUGGCUGGACGGGUGCAGGUGGAGGACGAAGCUGGCAUCGUGUUCCGCUUCGCUGGCCCUGGGGAGACCUUGGGCUCUCCUGGUUGCCUCGAGCUGGUGGACACCUCCCCGGAAGUUCUUCGGGCCGUCCCAGGCAACCUGGGUCCGGCCUUCUGCGUCAAGGUCCCGCAUGCUGCGGUCGGCGGGGCUUUGCAGACCUUCCCUGAGGACGCCGACUUCUGGAUCAAGAACGCAGAGCUCCUGCAUCGUGAGGCGUGUCGCAGCAAGCAGGAGCGGUGCCGGUGGGCUUCGCAGGUGGCCGCACCGGCCCUGGGAAAUACUUCGCUGCUGGCGGGCUGCCCCCAAGACUUCCUCACCUCUCUGGCGGGCCAGCUCUCUGAGGUGGCGUUCUCGGAGGGAGAGGAGAUUUUUACGUGCAACACCCGCGGAAACUCCAUGAUGAUCGUGCUGGAGGGCUUCGUCGAACUGCACGCCAAGUCCGGCAGGGAGAUCGGAUGCGUUGGCGCCGGCGCCGUGAUCGGCGAGCCAGAGGCCUUGGGCUUGCUCUCCUUCCGGACGGCCACUGCUGUUGCAGUGACCGCCUGCCGCAUGCUGCCCGUGAGCUUCGAGGCCUUGACACAGGCGCUGUUGACUCCAUCAGCAGCUGCACUGAAGGAGGGUUUCAAGCAGCUUGUCGAAGGCCGGCGAUCGCAAGUCCGUGAAGGUCUGCCUCUGUCGGCCAUGCUCAACUUACGCACGUCUCUGGAUGAGGACGUUGGGGCGCAGCUUCUGUGCUUGCGGGCCGAGCGUUUGCCGCUCGAGCAUGGCGUCUGUUGGCAUCCGGUGGCGGACUCCAGCGAAUCCGGGCCCAGGGUCUCGCUUAUCGUGCGCGGGCGAGUCUCGAUGGAAGUGGGGCGCCGCGAGGGUGAACCCUUGGACUUCCAUGUCAGGCCGGGUUCGGUGGUGCCUGAAGGCAUGCUCGCCACCCAUGGCGCUUAUCUGCGCGCCAUGUCCAGCGACUGCGAGGUCUACCGCAUCUGGCAAUACGAUCUCCUUCAGGCAGCCCACGUGGGUGCCCAGGCCCAUGAUUGGUUCUACCAGCUUCGGGUGCUGGAGAAGGAGGCCCGAUCAGAUUGCGAAGCUUCGAGCGAUCACCAGUUGUAUUUGAGGCAACUUUCCGGUACGACUGACUAG